GCUUCACUGCUUUCCACAACUCCCAACUUAAGUUGCUGUUAGGUGUUGCAGUUGACUCUGAAACCAUGGCCCAGGACAUGACUCUGCUGUGGGGCGCUGGCUCUCCUCCCUGCUGGAGGGUCAUGAUCGCUCUGGAGGAGAAGAGCCUGCAGGGUUAUAACCAAAAACAGCUCUUAUUUGAGAAAAUGGAGCACAAGUCCCAGCAAGUCUUGGACAUGAACCCCAGGGGACAGCUUCCUUCCUUCAAAGUCAAAGAGUACGUCCUGAAUGAGUCCUAUGCAGCCUGCAUGUUCCUGGAGAGUCAGCAUAAGUCUCAGGGGGCCCAGCUGAUCCCUGACUGCCCCGCUGAGCAAGCAAUGAUGUACCAGCGCAUGUUUGAGGGUCUCACACUCGCCCAGAAAUCAGCGGAUGUUAUCUACUACACCUGGAAAGUCCCAGAGGGAGAGAGACACGACAGCGCUGUGAAGAGAAACAUGGAGGCCCUGAAAGCUGAGAUCAAGCUGUGGGAGGGAUACCUGCAGAAGGGCCCUUAUCUGGCAGGAAAGAACUUUUCACUGGCUGAUGUGACUGUUUUUCCCAGCAUUGCUUAUCUCUACCGUUAUGGGUUAUGUGAGAAGCGUUACCCAAAGCUGGCAGCUUAUUAUAACCUUGUGAAGGAUAGACCCACCGUCAAAACAACCUGGCCUAAACCCUGGCUGGAGACCCCAAAGGGAUCAGACCUAAUGAAAGACAUCUGAGAUUCUAACACAUCAGAUGGCACACUGGAAAUGUACAUGUUGUGUCACAUGUAACCACUCCAUUUAUUGCACUACUUAAACUGGCUGCAUUUUUGAGAAAAAAGAUUUGCUGUGACUGGUCAUUUUCUUACAUAAUCUGCUUGUUAUUAAAAAUUGAAUAAUCUUUUUGUUCUGUAAACUAAAAUAAACAAAAAAAAUGACUUUCA